AUGGCGAACCAGCUGACCCUCCCUACUCUCGAUAAGCUCAAAAGUUCAGUUUCUCCUGAUGUCGACGUUCAAGCGGUAGCCACGUCAAUGAUCUCCUUGUCGAUGACUGUCUUCUGGCGCGAUAUGCUCGCUCUCACAUGGGACUUUCGUACUUUCCAAGGCACCCCUGCUGUUGAAAAAUUCCUCACAGAUCGGCUCCCACUAUUUACUCUAUCUUCUUUCACACUCGAGAAGGAUCUUAUAAAGCUUCAGAGACCAUUCCCCGAUCUUGCGUGGAUUCAGGCAUUUUUUGACUUUGAGACUACAGUCGGAAUUGCGUCUGGGGUGUUCAGGCUUGUACCACUUGCAGAUGGCUCAUGGAAGGCCCAUACGGUCUUCACGAACUUGGAAGAUCUCAAAGGUUUUCCUGAACAGAACGGUCCCAGGCGGAACCACCAGCCAAGCCACGGAAGGUGGGCUGCGAAGCGUGCACGAGGUGGGCAGAGCGGGCUUGACGUAGCAGCGCGGCUUAAGAUGCUUGGCAUGAAGAGUCUAGUGGUGGAGAAGAAUGAGAGAAUCGGUGAUAAUUGGAGGAAGCGUUAUGCAGCGCUGUGUCUCCAUGAUCCCGUCUGGUAUGAUCACAUGCCAUACAUUCCCUUCCCCCCCUCAUGGCCUGUAUAUACCCCUGCGCUGAAACUUGCAGAUUGGCUGGAAUCAUAUGCACACAGUAUGGAGCUCGAUGUGUGGACCAGUGCCACCGUGAUGUCCGUCAUUCCGGGUACGAAGGGAAAGAAAUGGAGUGUCUUGGUUCAACGUGCAGACGGAAGGGAGCGGACCUUUGAGGUCAAUCAUGUUGUGUUCGCCUUGGGCUUUGGCAGUGGUACAGCAAAAAUACCGGGUAUACCGGGGCAGGACGAGUUCAAGGGGCAGAUAUUGCAUUCCAGUAAAUACAACCUUGCGACUGAUCACGCAGGAAAGAAGGUCGUUGUUAUUGGGGCGUGCACGUCUGCUCAUGAUAUAUGUGCCGAUUACGUUGAACAUGGCGUUGAUGUGACCAUGGUUCAACGCGGUCCGACUUAUGUCAUGUCCACAAAGGAGGGCAUGCCAAGAUUAAUGACGACGUUCUGCGAGGGUGGCCCUCCCACUGAUAUUGCGGAUCGUGUGAACGGGUCUUAUCCGAAUGGGUUGGUCAAGUUACUGCACCAACGCCUUACGAAGGAGAUUGCUGAGGCCGAUAAAGAGCUUCUUGACGGGCUGCGAAGACGGGGCUUCAAGUUAACAUUUGGCGAGGACGGCUCCGGUUUUCUGUCUAUGGUAUGGAGUAAGGCAGGAGGAUAUUAUCUCGACGUCGGAGCUUCACAGAUGAUCAUCGAUGGGAAGAUCAAACUCAAGAGCGAUGGGCCAAUCUCGCGCUUUACGCAGACGGGUUUGCUUUUCGAAGACGGUUCCACUCUUGAUGCGGACGUGGUGGUCUUCGCUACCGGCUACGCUGAUGCACGUACGGCAUAUCGUGCGCUGCUUCCGGAGUCCCUGUACAACAAAUUGUAUCCUAUCUGGGGCCUUGACAAAGAAGGAGAAUUGAACAGCGUCUGGCGCGAAGUCGGUGGGCGCGGCAAGGAAGGGGAAGCACUCAAUGGUAUAUGGAGCAUGAUGGGGAACUUGGCGCUUUGCAGGUUCCACUCCAAGCAUCUCGCAUUGCAAAUCAAAUCAUACGAAGAGGGUGUUUUCGGGACGAGGUAUCAAUGA